UUUUUUUUUUUCUAAUAACAAAAAAAUAAACCCCCCCUCUUUUGUGUAUAAUAUAAAUAUGACAUUGAAAACUCAACAUACUAGAAAGAAUCAUCGAGUCUACAGAUCACCUUCAAAGAAUGAUCCAGAUAAUGUCAGUUCUUAUGCAAAAAGGUCAUCUAAUGUUAUAGUGAAUAAAGAAAAAGAAAAUUCAAAAGUAGAAGAUGAUUCUACUGGGACGAUGAUGAUGAUAGAUGCUGAAGAUAAAGAAGCAAGUACUAUAUUAAUGGCUUUAGCAGAACAUGCACAUAGACUUCGAAACAGUUACAAUUAUCAUCAGUCAGAUGCUAUCAAUGAUAAUCAUAAAGAGAAUUUAAAGAGAAAAGAUCAUUCAAUGUCUAUUAAAACUCUAUUAGAUAAUGGAACCACUAGUCAAUAUAAAGCACAUUGUAGUAGUUUACUUUCAUUAACAGGUGGUAUAUCGAAAAUAUCUUAUUUUGAAUCAAAAAGAAAAGGAUAUCAGAUUUGUCUUACACAAAGAAACUCAUCAAAUAAGCCGAUUUAUCGUAAUAUAAAAAAUGAAGAUAACAAAAAAUCCAUAUUUCAAUAUCCAGCAACAAUAAAUACAUUAAUCACGGAUUAUAGUGUAUUACAGCCAAAAAGGAAUACAAUGCAUAUUCGUAUUAGUUACCAUAUUCAUGCUCAUAAAUGCUCAUUAUUGUUAUCACAUUCAACUGCUCCACCAUAUAAUUAUAGUCAAUAUGAAGCAUCAGAGACAAAACAGCAUCCCUAUCCUAGUGCAUUUCGAUUAAUUCAUGCACCUUAUGAUAAUACGAAUGAUAAACCAUCAAUGGAAUAAUAAUAAGAAUAAUCAAAAGGCCAACAAGAGGCUUUGAAAUGAAUUUUAUAUAUGCUUAUUUAGGUUUAUUAAUGUACGCUAUACGUAAUGUUUUAAAAUAAAGCAAGGAUAUUAUUUAUCUGACAUGUGUAUAAAAGAAGUACAU